AAGGGCGAAGAAGUCGAAUAUGUUGGCCGAGAACCGCCACCUUGCCACCAGCGAGGAGAAGCGACAUCUCGACAACCUAAACACGAAUAGAGUAGAGACUACAGCCAAGCGGCUGAGACGCACCGUCAAGUUCGUCAACAGGCUCAGAAAAACAUCAAUCCUGGCCAGAUCUUGACCGAAAUUGCCAACGGCAUCGAAGAUAGCGUGCGUCUCGUGGUUGGACAUGAUAGUCUCACUGAGGGUGAUACAAUCAAAGCUGGUAUGGAUUUCCCUGCUGGAUUGAACUUGGAUCAUAUCGCCGCCCACUUCAGCCCCAACGCUAGCAAUGAGACAAAUCUCCAGCUGAACAACGUCAUGAAGGUCGAUAUCGGUGUCCACGUCAAUGGAUGUAUCAUUGAUGGUGCAUUUACCAGGCUUUCGAUCCUAUGUACGAUAAUCUUCUGGCAGCCGUGAAAGAUGCCACCAACACAGGAGUGAAGAAUGCCGGCGUUGAUGUCCGUCGAGAGAAUUGGGCGGACUGAUCCAAGAGGCUAUGGAGAGUUACGAGUGCAAAAUCAACGGCGCUACCAUUGUACCACUAUGACUUGCGGGCCAGGCGGGAUGAUUGGCGAGGAGUGAUAGAGUUCGUCGUCUUGCUCUUCUUACUAGGAGUGGAAAGGGCUGUCUUAUAUUAGCUCUGCAUGUGCAAUUUAUCAAGAAGUAGGGACUCUCAAUCUUCUGCUUCUUAGAAGGCGUAUCCUCCUUCUGCUGAGCGGGAGCGGGGACCUGGACUCUCUGUACAUUAUUAGCGUACGCAGUAUAUACACAAGAAUCGUUACUUUACCUUAGCCGAGGCGGGAGUCUUAGGCAGCGCGGGCUAUAUUAGUUGUCAGCAUAUGC